UAAAUAUCAACAGGACAGAGGCGCCUCUCUCCAGUUCCUCCCACACAAGGGGUAUAUAAAGGUGGGAGGGGAAGUUACUUGUUAGUGAGGUAACGGCAGCUGGCAGGAUGGCACAACUCUCUUCGGCGGCAACAAUCAUCAAAUCAGAUGGUUUCGGGCUAGCUAGGCUGCUAGCAGUGCUCUCAGUGGUUACAAUGACCAGUGCUGCCCAAGGUAUCCUGGUGCCCGGCAUCCCAGACUCUGGUACCCUCGACAAUACCAACAUCUACAACCUAUGGAAACACGCCCUCAGGUACCAGAAGGACGACAAGGGCCAGCCGCUAGUGAGUGAUGAACCAGGUCCCAAAACAGUCUUAUCCGGGGACAUGAGAAACCUUGUACCAUCGGACGGCCCAAACCCCCUGUACAGUAACGAUUACGUGGACCUGCGCACAGAGUUCCUUCGGGACUACAUGGUGUCAGAGGCUGUCAGUCCUGAUAACGCAGAGAUGCUGCAGCCCGAAGGUCUGUCUGUGAGCAACCUCAAUGGCAACCAGCUCACAUUUAAGAAGGAUGCCGAAGAUCAGAUCACUGUAAAUGGCGUUAAUGUGGUCACUAUCCAGACAUUGUCUGACGGGAUCGUCACAUACACAUUGGAUAACUUCCUGUUCGACCAUGAGAGUCGGGUGGACGAGGCUUUCCGUCAUCUCCUGAGGACUCAGCCGAGAACUGGCCCAUUUGGUAGACCUCUAGCUCCAACACCCUAAGCGCUGGUCGUCCUGAAGGGACUUGCAGAGUUCACUUCAAGAAUUUCAACAGCAAAAAAAAAAAAGAGGCAAAGUAUAUUUUGAAAUAGAAUAGUUGUGGUAUUUUAAUGGCAGUUUUAGUUUUGUUUAUUAUUGAGAUGUAUGGAAUUUACAUUCCUUUCGAACAUUCUUGUAGUGUGGUCAGCAUUAUGUCACUAUAUAUAUCUUCUGUUUAUAAUUGCACCUAAUAUAUAAUUCAGGCAUAUUAAAAUCAAAGUGGUUCGUGAAUAACUCUUUCCAUAAUUGUUUUGAUUUUUUAAGCUAGAUAAUUAACUGGAUAAUUUUAAAAACAUACUAAGCAUUUUAUCUGUUUAUAAACUAGUUAAAUAUAUUUAGAUAUUUUAAUUAGAACUUCUUUGAGAUGCAGAUGAUGAGUUACAAUGCUGUGGCUAAAGAUUAGACACCCAACCCACAAAUCUGAAAAGGAAGAAUUGACGAUGUUUCCGUCCGUCCUGGAUUAUUAUAAAGUCGCGUAAUGGAAAAAAAGAAGGGUAGAAACAGAAAAUUUAUGAGGUGAGUGAGUGAGAUGAAGGUUGGAGAGCGAGAUGAUAGGUAAUAAUUAAGAAAAGGUUAGAUAUAGGAAAGGUCAGAAGUAAGGGAAAGAAAAUUGAAUAAGAAUAUGGUAUAGAUAUAAGAAAAAGUUUCACAAACAAAAAGGUAAACAUUAUAAAACAAAGAAAAUGACAGGAGGUUAAAUGAGAAAGAAGAAAAAAAAGAGUUGGCAACAUAAGAGAAAGAAAGAGCAGAGAGCCUAGAAGGGGGAAAAGUCAAAUCACGUUUGUUAAGAAGGUUAGAGCAUUUAAAAUAAAAUUAAUAUUAAAUUGUAGAGACUAGUUCUUCAGGGUAGCUCGGCAAGAUCUUUAUGUUUGCUCAGAAUGUAAUUGAAGAGCAUAAACUAGUGCAAACUGUUGCCAUGGAACUAUAUUGGCACAAUCUCGAUCAGUGAAGUGUUUAGUAUUACUCUGAUUGUCUAAACAUUAAGUAACCCCCAAUCUUUGUAUGAUAAUAAAGCUGGUGCCUUAGA